AUGGCUGGAAUUUACCGCCACGCAGGGGAGAAGCGUUCAUCACAGCGUCCGGGAAUGCAGCGCCAUCAGACCCUUCAGCGUAGAGCUGGUCGCAUCACUCUCGAAUCUCAAAUCAAACGCUACCAACGCCGUGCUAUGCAAUUCUCCAAGGUCAUCAAGAUGGAAGACAUCGAGAUGGAGGGUCCACCGGAGCCUAAGGAGCUCAUGGACCUCCCCUCCGAGAUCGUCACGAAAAUUGUCGAAAUGGCGGUGGGAGCGGGCGGAAAGAUCCAACUCUACCGCGGGUCCUAUUCUGACGGCAUCGAUCAGGUAGUGAUAGCAACACACUCUUGGGACGACAUGCACAUCAGCACAUUUAGCGCUCUCCGCCUCGUCAGCAAGCAGCUGAAGCGUAUCGCGGACCACAGCUUCUUCCGGCACGGUGUCCUCGAGGUCAUGGACCCUAAUGAGCUGAACAUGGCUUUCCGCCGGAACAUUGGAACGAACUUCGGCGACGAGAUCCGAGAAGUUGCGGUCGACUACUUCCGGUCUGGAGGUGUCGAGGGUGUUUUGCAGCUCAUGGCGAAGCAUCUACUGGCGCUGCCAAACCUGCGACGUCUCAUCUUCCACGCUCCUUGGGAACCUCUGAGCCUGCGAGGCGUUCCUCCGGGUAAAUUUCAGGCCCUCUGCUUGGAAGCGCAGGAGAGCAUCCUGGAUAAAGCGCUUCAUCUAAUCAUGAUGCUGAGGCGGAAGCAUGGGAAGCGAGGAAUUCGUAUUGAGUUCGACGCCGACGGGAGUGGUCGGUUCAGCAAACACGAAGAGGUCAUCCGACGAGACUUCAUUGUCGGUAGGAGUCCUACUGCUCCGCUGUCACCAGAGGAGAUCAAGGUCAAGACGAGGGAGAUCAACGAGUUGUUUAACCAGGCUAUAGAGGCUAAGGAGCGUGAAGCGUACGAGAGGAAAAUUUCUCGGCGCAAGGAACAGGUAGAUGAGCUCAAGAUGUAG